AUGGCGCGUGCAGAGGGCAGCAGGGCGUGCGAGGCGCACAGGGCAGCAGGGCAGCAGGGCGCACAGGGCUGCAGGGUAGCAGGGCGUGCGGGGCAAACAGGGCAGAAGGGCGCACAGGGCUGCAGGGCAGCAGGGCGCACAGGGCUGCAGGGCAGCAGGGCGCGCGGGGCGCGCAGGGCUGCAGUGCGCGCAGGGCGCGCAGGGCUGCAGUGCGCGCAGGGCGCGCAGGGCUGCAGUGCGCGCAGGGCGCGCAGGGCAGCAGGACAGCAGGGCACGCAGGGCUGCAGGGCGCACGGGGCGCAGCAGGGCUGCAGGGCGCGCGGGGCGCGCAGGGCAGCAGCAAGGGCUGUAGCGGAAACAGCAAGGGCUGUAGCGGCAGCAGCAGGGCAGCAGGGCGCACAGGGCUGCAGGGCAGCAGGGCGCACAGGGCUGCAGGGCAGCAGGGCGCGCGGGGCGCGCAGGGCUGCAGGGCGCGCGGGGCGCACAGGGCAGCAGGGCAGCAGGGCGCACAGGGCUGCAGGGCAGCAGGGCGCGCGGGGCAAACAGGGCAGCAGGGCGCACAGGGCUGCAGGGCAGCAGGGCGCACAGGGCUGCAGGGCAGCAGGGCGCGCGGGGCGCGCAGGGCUGCAGUGCGCGCAGGGCUGCAGUGCGCGCAGGGCGCGCAGGGCAGCAGGACAGCAGGGCGCGCAGGGCUACAGGGCGCACGGUGCGCAGCAGGGCUGCAGGGCGCGCGGGGCGCGCAGGGCAGCAGCAAGGGCUGUAGCGGCAACAGCAAGGGCUGUAGCAGCAGCAGCAGGGCAGCAGGGCGCACAGGGCUGCAGGGCAGCAGGGCGCACAGGGCUGCAGGGCAGCAGGGCGCGCGGGGCGCGCAGGGCUGCAGGGCGCGCGGGGCGCACAGGGCAGCAGGGCAGCAGGGCGCACAGGGCUGCAGGGCAGCAGGGCGCGCGGGGCAAGCAGGGCAGCAGCAAGGGCUGUAGCGGCAGCAGCAGGGCAGCAGGGCGCACAGGGCUGGAGAGAGAGAGAGGAGAAAAGGGUCGGGGGGGGGAGGGGGGGGCUGAUGCUGCAAAUCCCCUCCCCCCACUGCUGCUGCAGAUCCCCUCCCACCCACUGCUGCACCCACAGCAGGGGUCCCCUCCCUCCACUGCCGCAUCCGCAGCAGGGGGAGAUAGGAGAAGGGGGGAGGGGGGGCUGGUGCUGCAGGUCCCCUCCCCCCACUGCCGCAUCCGCAGCAGGGGGAGAUAG